AUGGCAGAAGAUUUAGCAAUAGCUACGGGCUCAUCCACCAACAAGCCUCCAUUAUUUGAUGGAACUGAGUAUCCUUAUUGGAAAACUCACAUGCAACUAUUCAUUGAAUCCAUAAACUACAGGCUCUGGGACAUCAUUGAAAAUGGAAACAUCGUUCACAAAGAUGAUGCUGGAGAACCAAUAAAGAAGGAUCAACUGAUAGAAGCACAACGCAAGGAUUAUCAACUUAAUGCUAGAGCUAAGUUAUUCCUACUAUGUGCUUUAAGCAAAUCUCAGUUGGAUAAGGUUGAUGGCUUAGCAACGACCAAUGAAGUCUGGGAAGCUCUAGGGUUGGCAUAUGAAGGUACGUCAAAUGUCAGACAAGCCAAAGUAAGUCUACUUGUGGCUGAAUAUGAAACCUUCAAGAUGAAGGAAAGUGAAAGCAUUGAUGACAUGUUUGGAAGAUUCCAAACCAUUGUCAAUGGGCUUAGGAAUCUUGAUCUCACAGCCAUUCAAGAAGCUAAAGAUCUCAGCACCUUGAGAUUGGAAGAUCUUCUGGGAUCCCUAAAGGUUCAUGAAAUAGAGCUAGCUCAUGACGAAGGACUGAAGAAGCAAAAGAACAUUGCUUUCAAAGCAAACAGUUCAAAGGUCAUCCAAACAAAAGAACAAUCUGAAGAAGAAGAAUCCUCAAAAGAAAUGUCAGACGAUGAACAAGCCCUCUUCAACAGAAAGUUCAAGCGUAUGUGGAUCAAACAACAGAAAGGAAAAGGUACUUCAAGGAAGAACAACAAAAGAGAUUCAAGCUUGAAGAAGAACCCGUUCACUCACAAAAGUGAAGGUGGCUCAAACUUGGACAAAAGCAACAUCACCUGCUUCGAGUGCAAGAAGCCAGGACACAUUAAGCCUGACUGUCCAAAACUUGCAAAGAAAUCAGGCAAGAAGCCCUUCUACAAGAAAAAGAAAGCACUAGCUGCUGGAUGGGAUGAAUCUGAGGACGGUUCAGAAGAUGAAGAUGAAGACGAGGAUGACGAUGCACUCUUUGCUCUUAUGGCAUCCACAUAA